UUCUUUUAUUUAAAUUACUUAGUUAUUACGCUAAACGAUGACAUUUUGCACUGUACAAUACACAUAUAGUGGAUUUAGGUUUAAACUGAUGUUAGUGAUAAAGUAGUUGUAGAGUUAUCUCGACUGAAACAACAAGUAAAAAAAAGAACAAUCUAGUUGGUUGGUCACUUUCUGGUUUGGUAUCUUGGCGAUGGGUUCUUGUCGUGUCGGUAGAGAAACAAAUAAAAAUGAGUAUCAAUCAUCUUUUAAAGUAAAAUUCCCUGUCACUGUUGAUUUUUUGGCGUACAUAUAUAGUCUACCGACUCUGUGAUAUAUAGAGAAGAGCAGGCAAACAUGGAGAGAGAGACGGACAGAUUGAAAGAGACAGACAGGCAAACAGAUGGAUAGGGAAAGAGACAGACAGGCAAACAGAUGGAUAGGGAAAGAGACAGACAAAGUGACUACUUUUUUUUUCAUGAAUUGAUCUGGAAUAACCCAGAAGAUAUAUGUUAUAAGACCCUGUUUGUCUAGGUAAACAGGUUUCUGUUACCUCCCACGUGGGAAUGAGUAACAUAAUUUCAGACGUUCACGUAUUGUACAAUCGUCAAUAUCUGAGUUUGUAAUGACCUUCACCAAUGCCUGACGCUCCCCCAUUCUCGGAAAAGAAAGUGAAAGUUAGGAAGAGCAGCACCACCCUGGUUAUCUCCCACAGCUGUAAAGUACAAGGUUAACAAGGGCGGUGUUUUCUGUUUCACCCAUCCACCUGUACGCCCACAGAUUAAACAAAUUACAGUUAUAAUAGCAUCAAUGGAUUUUCGUAUUUUUGUCUGACUGAAACCGUCGUAGAAGGUCUGAAGAUGACAGGUGUAUUAUUUCUACUUUUAAUAGUAGCGACGUACUUUACUGGGUUCUUUGCAAUGCCACGAUAUCAGCUCGCCACCUAUCGAUCAGCUCCAGAAGAUACGUUAUGCCCGAGUCCGCAGGGUUUAUUUCCUCAUCCACAUAACUGCAAUCAAUUCCUUCACUGCGACCAUGGCAAUCCUCACUUGGGUACCUGUGAGGACGGACUGCUCUUCGACCGGAAACUCUUUGUCUGUAACUUUGAGAAUAAUGUCGAUUGUGACGUAAAAGGAGAGAUUAAACCAGAACCAGAAGACAAAGAAACAGAUGUGAAGGACAAAAAUGAAGAAAAUACAGUAUUGAAAGCCAAGUGUCUUCGAGCACGUGGCCAGUUCCCCCAUCCCACUGACUGUGAGAAGUUCUAUAAUUGCUGGGAUGACGUGGUAUUAGAACAGAGAUGUCCAGGAGAAUUGAUGUUUGACCAAAAUGAUUGGAUCUGCAAGGAGCCGAAGAAGGUGGAUUGUGGAGAAAGGAAACGACCAAUUAUCAGUAAACCUGAACAACAAGACCACGAUGAAGAAAACCAAAAAACAAAAGAAAAAAGCAAAACCAGGGAGAAUAUGAUAUUGAAAGAUAAGUGUCCUCAAGCUCGUGGCCAGUUCUCUCAUCCCACUGACUGUGAGAAGUUCUAUGAUUGCUGGGACGAUGUGGUCUUAAAACGGUGCUGUCCGGGAGGAUUAUUGUUUGACCAGAGUGAUCGGAUCUGCAAGGAGCCAGAAAAGGUGGAUUGUGGAGAAAGAAAACGACCAAUCAUUAACAAAGUCGAGCAACAAGACCACGCCAACAAGACCAAAGAACUUGAGGUAAAGGACAAGACUGUGGAAAAGAAAGUCAAAUGUCCUCAACUACGUGGUCAGUUCCCGCACUCUACUGCCUGUGAGAAGUUUUAUGAUUGCUGGGAUGAAGUGGUCUUGGAACGGGAUUGUCCGCUAGGUUUGCUGUUUGAUCAAGAUAACCGGAUUUGUAAUGAACCAGAGAAAGUAGACUGUGGAAAUAGGACAGAACCAAAGAUUGAUUACGAAGGAAGUGGUAAAUGCCCCAAGCCUUAUGGACUCUUCCCAACUAUUGAUUGUUCUGGAUUCUACUACUGUAUAAACGGAGAGCCUUUCGUCCAUAAUUGUCCCGACGAUUUGUUGUUCGAUGAUCAGCGAAAGCGUUGUGAAUUUCCGAAAAGUGUUGUAUGUUCUGGGAAAUAUACUGAGGUUAUCCCUGUAGAUAAAACUAGAGAGCAGGAAGACAACAUCAUCGAGAGCGAUAAACAGGUUAUUUCUGAAAACAACACAAAGAGAGAUGAAAAUGACAAUGAUAACCAGAUUAUCUCUGAAGAUGGUAUAAAACCAGAAAAUGACAUACUCUGCGAUACAAAAGAUGAACAAAGGAAAAAGAACAAAGAUAAAGGCGAUAAAAGAGAACCAAUUAGACUGAAAGAUUACGUUUGUCCUGGCCACCGGGGCCAAUUUGCGCACGAGACAGACUGUGAGAAAUUUUAUAAUUGCUGGGAUGAGGUGGUUUUUCUGGAACAGUGCCCUCUAGGUCUCCUAUUUGAUGCUAAACGGAUGAUCUGUAACGACGCUGACAGAGUUUCGUGUGGUUCACGUGUCAAACCAAUUACUGAUUAUAAGCCCACUAAGGAGUGCCCUGAGCCAGUUGGACUAUUCCCCAAGGACGAUGACUGUUUCUCAUUCUACCAUUGUGUUGGGGGAAUCGCUUUCCCGAAUCGCUGUCCGUCAGGGUUAAAGUUUGAUUUUGCCAGUGGCAGCUGCGGUCAUCCCAAUGAUGUUGUGUGUGUCUCCGGUAUCGGGGAUAAAACUAAAGAAACAGAAAAGGACGAAGAAGUACAUAAUGAAGACUAACCAAAAAAGAUGGUUUCAAAAUGAUUUUUCGGAAGCGAUGCCAUAACUAUUACGAUUGCUUGACUGGAGAAAGAAAAGAACAAGUCGUUGCAAUUGAAAGAAAAUGUCGACAAUAAACACAGAGUUAUAAUUUACUUUGAUUAAACUAUUUAAAGGGUUAAAUAUUCUAUAAACAUUUUACUCAAGGUAUAAUUUAGUUUGACUAAACUAUUUAAAGGGUUAAAAUAUUCUAGAAACAUUCUACCAAAGGUAUAAUUUACUUUGAUUAAACUAUUUAAAGGGUUAAAUAUUCUAUAAACAUUUUACUCAAGGUAUAAUUUAGUUUGA